ACCAACCCCGGACUGAGGACUUCUGGCUCGAGUCAAAAUCUGUCCAGCACACUCGGGAUGACAGGACGGGGAGCCGAGACAUCCGUUCGCUGAGAACAUGAUAAACUAGUCGGUUAACCAUCCUACACAGUUUGUUCAUGGCUAACUAUGAAAUACAAGCUGAUUAUACCGGGUUAGCUCGUUGAAGGUAGGAUCACCGUAAGAAGAGCUGGGAAUUGAAGCGCUAGCUUUGAAAGCUAACUUUUCGUUAGCGGGCUACCAUUAGCUAGCUAAUGUUAAAUCAAAAUAAGCAUUCUAGUUGACCUCCGCCAACCAACGUGAACUAACGUUACUGACCUAUUUAUUGUGACCCUUUGGUUUAACGGUACCUAACACUUACACACGAAACAGUACGUGGGAAGUUUCUCUCCCGUCCCAGAAUCAUGGCGUCGACGUGGUUUAGUUGGACAACAUAUGCAGAGGAGCACUUCUGACUUCGGGCUGUCAACAAGCUCGCUGACGUUAGCUACCCUGGCUAGCCAGCUAGCGUUAGCUCUCUUGCUACCAUGGCCAGAAUGGAGAACGGCCGUCAGUCGGUGGACACGAGAAGCAUCCGGACCAUCAGCAGCAGCCACAUCGACGACGAAAGCUCUUUGGGAUCCGACUCCGAGAUCAACGGAUUCACCAGCGACAGACAAACGGACAAAUAUGGAUUCAUCGGCGGGGCUCAGCAGCACACGGAGGAAUCAGCGCAGGAUUUGCCCCCACAGGUGCUCCGGCAAAGGGAGUUGAAGUGGCUGGACAUGCUCAGCCACUGGGAUAAGUGGAUGAUCAAGAGAUUCAACAAGGUGAGGCUGCGGUGCCAGAAAGGAAUCCCUCCUGCUCUGCGGGGACGUGCGUGGCUCUACCUGUCGGGAGGAAAGGUGAAGAAAGAGCAGAACCGAGGAAAGUUUCAGGAACUGGAUAGCCAGCCGGGAGACCCCAAAUGGGUGGACGUGAUUGAGAAAGACCUCCAUCGACAGUUUCCUUUCCAUGAGAUGUUUGUGUCCCGGGGAGGACACGGGCAGCAGGACCUGUUCCGCGUUCUUAAGGCCUACACUCUGUACAGACCAGAGGAGGGAUACUGCCAGGCUCAGGCUCCCAUCGCUGCUGUGCUGCUCAUGCACAUGCCUGCUGAGGAUGCCUUCUGGGGGCUGGUCCAAAUCUGUGAGAAGUACCUUCCUGGCUACUACAGUCCUGGCUUGGAAGCCAUACAGUUGGAUGGAGAGAUCCUGUUCGCCGUGCUGCGCCGUGUCUCACCAGUGGCCUUCCGCCAUUUGGAGAAACACAAGAUCGACCCCAUCCUCUACAUGACUGAGUGGUUUAUGUGUGCCUUCUCCAGGACGCUGCCCUGGGCCUCUGUGCUGCGCGUCUGGGACAUGUUCCUCUGUGACGGUGUGAAGAUAAUCUUCCGUGUGGGUCUGGUGCUUCUGAAGUGCAUGCUGGGUACCCGGGAGAAGCUGAAGGCCUGCCAGGGCCAGUACGAAACCAUGGAGCUCCUCAGGGCCCUGGAGCCUCGGUACAUGCAGGAGGGCUUCCUGGUCCGAGAGAUCCUGGAGGUGCCGGUGACGGCGCGAGACGUGGAGCGGGAGAACUACACCCAGCUGAAGCGCUGGAAGAAGAACCGCGGCGAGCUGAAUUUCAAAUCCCCCCCGAGGAUGCACGGCGCCCGCGUCGUCCUGCUGUCGGAGCCGCCGAGGCGCCAGGACCUGCAGCAGAACCCGACCAUCGUGCUUGAUGUCCCCCAGCCCACCCCGCAGCUCAAGAAGAAGGGGAAGGAGGAAAAUAGAAGCUUUAAGAAGAAGAGCAUAAAGAAGCCCCAGCCCGUGGGGGAGAUCCCAAAUCCCUACUCUCUCCCCAACGAUCCUCCGCCGCCCGCCGCAGACCCACCAGCUCCUCCUCCUGCUGGCAACGAGUCGCCAGAGGCAGCGCCUCAGACUGACACGGAGCCGCCUCGCCAGCAGCCAGCGCCUCCUACAGACCUGCCCCCCCCCAAAGAAUCUCCCCUUCAGCAAUCCACACAAAGCCUUAGCAGCACCGAGCAAGAUACAUACCUGUAGCUCUUUUUCCGUGUGUGUGUGUGAGUGAGAGAACCAAACACCAGCACCCUCCUGCCAGACUUUCCAAGUCUUAUUAUUCUAAUGUUGGACUGUUUUAUAUUCAUUUUAGACAUUAUAUUUCCUAUUACAUGACUGUGAUACACUAAGGCGUCACGUUAAAACGAUUUUGUUACUUAUUCCGUUCUCAAGUAUUCUGUCUACAGGAGAGACGUGUUACUGAGUUAUUGGGAGCAAAGUGGUUCUUCAUAGGUGUUUCAAGGUUAUAAUGGGACUCACAGGACAAUGAGGUGGCACAGCUAAUGCAGGUUUUUAUAUAUUUUUCCACUCCAAUUCAACACUAUGGAAUUUAUUGGUCGCUAAGCCUCUUGUAUUUCACUAACGGUUUUGUUCACUAGAGGGCAGCCUGGCCGAGGUUUCCACCGUUACAUUCCCUGUUAGAGCUGAUCGCUGCAGGUGUGCGAUUCCUUCAAGGCUUCACUAACUUUGGGAGGUACAAUUCUGAGAUUGAGCUUUUUUUUUCAGUACGGGAACUUGUGCAUUUCAUGUUUGUUUUUUUUUCUUUCUUAUAAUUGAACGGCUUUUGGUCAUUUGUUUAAAGUCAGUUUAAAUGUGACAUUUGUUUGUGCAUGCCAUGCUAGUGCAUAUAUGGUCAAUCUCCCCCCCCCCCCCCCCCCCCGGGUCCCAAGAAUAUAUGCGAUUCAACUCCAACAUUCACCGGGCCAGGCACUUCCAGACACUUUAAAGCAGCGGUGAUUAACGUUACUCCGGCAGCAAGGGGGGCGCACACUGGACAUUCCUCACUGCGUGGCACAUUCCUGCUUGUUAAAAGCUCAUCAGUCUGAGAGCGCUCUCUUGCCAAAUGCAAUUCUCUAUGAAGUAUGUAUUUGUGCAUGUUCUCAAAUCACUUAAUUGUGCUGAACUCCUUCCCGGCUUUGCUCAAAUAUCCAGUUGGAGCCAAGAAUAUGUUGUGCAAAUUGGUUUUUCAUAUAUAUAUAUAUAUAUAUAUAUUAUGCUAGAAGUUCCAAAGCAGAUCAAGACUGAUGUUUUGAGAUGACAUUAGAACCGCUACCUGUGACCAGGUGUACUCUGUACAGUCGAGAGGGAUCAAAGGAUUUCAAGAUUUCUUUGCGAUAUUUUUGAAUAAUUUGAUAGCGAUAUAUGGAGACAUGCAGAGGAUGAGGGCUGAUUGGACAAUCCUUUUUUCUGAUGGUUCACGUUUUUUAAAAACUUUCAUCACAAUGAUACAAGUAAAGGGAGUUUUAUUAAGCUUAAAUACACGUGUAAGAUGGGUUUUUGUAUGUGGUUAAUAUACAAACAAAUUGCAGAGCAAUGCAUUUGUCACAAGCAGGGCGGUUUAAAAGGAUAACACAUUUUUGGAAAGUCCCUUCCCAAUAUGCAGCUGAUCUUUAUUUGCUUAUCUUACACAUUUUACUGAUGUUAUAUUAUAAUUUAAUGCUCAUUGUGUAGAUACAACCUGUAAAAUAACAAUUUAUUUUCUAAUAAAUGUAUUUUUCAAUGUACAAUGCUAUAUUUUACGUAGCAGUUACAUAAACCGAGAAGACAUGUCUAAAUAAUUCGAUGUGUAAGACAUUAUCUUUUUCAAUCAAUUUGUAACACUAAAAAAUCCAAAAUUUGUGGGUAACUUUUGCAAGUAAAUUCUUUUGUUACCAUAAAAAUGUUCUGGUAUUAUGUGUCAUUUACAUUAGGAUUAAUAAAACGAUGUUUGACAAAAUGGGGCGAUAUGCAUCAUGUUUAAAUUGUAUGAAUAAACUAGUUUGAAGCCAUCAU